AUGGAUAAAAUAGCAAUUCCAAGAAUCAUUAAAAAUUUACAAGCUUAAAGAUAAAAUUUUCUUGAAGGAGGAGGAGGAAAAAUUACAUUUCUAAAGUAUUAACCUCUAACUGAACUAUAUCCUGUUCUUAUAACUAAAGCAAUGUUUUACUAAAGUUAUGAAACUUAAAUCACUCUUGUACCUUCAAAAAGAGUAUUUUAUGUAAUUUCAUUAGUUAAUUGUUUAAUUGAUUAUUUAGGAACUGGAAUGGAUUCUCCAGUUAAUGUAGCCUCAUUAACCAUUACAUCUCCUGAGAUCAAUAUAGAAUCACAAUUUAAUUAUUAAUUAUCAUGA